AAGAAGGCUAUAGAGAGAUAUGUCGCUGUCGUCUUACCUCAGCCCGACGCGCCUUCUAGAAGGCUACCUCCGCCGUUGCCUCACGUCGGCAGGACUGACGUCGCAGACGCUUUCCAUAGACUCUGAAACAACCAUCCACUUCUGGGGCCCACCACCUCUAGACCACCGGAGCGACGACGACGACAAACCGGUGAUGCUUCUCCUCCACGGCUUCGGUCCAUCCUCCAUGUGGCAGUGGAGGCGACAGAUUCAAGCCUUCUCUCCCUCCGUUUUCAGGCUUUAUUCUCCCGAUCUUGUCUUCUUCGGUGACUCUACCUCUUCCUCCACCAAUCGCACCGAAGUCUUCCAGGCGGAAUGUAUGGCAAAGCUAAUGGAGAAAAUAGGAAUAGGGAAGUAUAAUGUGGUUGGAACUAGCUACGGGGGAUUUGUGGCAUACCACAUGGCCAAAAUGUGGCCGGAAAAAGUGGAGAAAGUAGUGAUUGCAAGCUCUGGUAUCAACAUGCGAAAGUGUGACAGUGAAAGUUUAUUGCAAAGAUCCAACUGUGAGUGCAUCGAGAAAGUUAUGUUACCAUCCACUGCAACUGAGCUUCGCACACUUAUGGCUUUGGCAUCUUCGUGGCGAUUAGUUCGUAUGUUUCCUGAUGCUCUCUGGAACGACGUUAUUAAUAAUUUAUAUAAGAAGAAUAGAAAAGAGAAGAUUGAAUUGUUGAAGGGGGUGACUUUCGGCCGCAACGAGAAUUUAAACAUCGAUCCUCUUUCUCAGGAGGUCCUAAUUGUAUGGGGAGACAAAGAUCAGAUAUUUCCUGUGAAGAUGGCUUACGAAUUAAAAGAGAUUCUUGGAGAGAAAACGAAACUAGAAAUCAUUGACAACACUUCACAUGUUCCUCAGAUUGAAUGUGCGCAAGAGUUCAACAAUAUCGUUUUGAGAUUUUUGAAGGGUUGUUAAAAGCGGUAAUUUUAUACAUUGCUACAUGAUUCUUCAGCUUGUUUGGUGUUAAACUAUUGGUUAUGAAUUUUGCUACUUUACUUGCCAUGCUUUCUCAUUUUUCAUGUAAUAACUUCAAAUAUUGUGUCGCAAGAUAUUAAACACUAGAUUUUAUA